GAGUGAUUCGAAAUAGUGUAAGAAGGAAGGGCAUGGCUAACCUUUUGGCUGUCAGCUGUGAUCAAUUAUUUGCAGGAUGUCAUAGUGACAAGUGGCAAAACGAUCUUAUCCUAUCGCCACCACCGCCAAGCGUCCUCACUUUAGGGACUUCCAUCACAUCGGACCUACUCCGGGCAAAUUCUGGGAAUUUAAAUUACUUCAUAGGAGCAUGUAUACAGCCAGCUCUUCCCGUUGGAUUGAACCUGGCUCUUAACACCACUGCUGGAUUUGUGGCUCUAGAAGGAACACCAACCACAUCUUCUCCCCUCACUGAGUACACAAUCAUAGCCAAGGGGGGUGUAAAUUACAUUGGCAGAAUGACAGUCCAGUUUUCCGUUACCUGAGGAGUCAAAAAAAUCAUCACACAUGCUCAUUUUUUCUUUGUUUUCAUACUGAACUCAUUUUUUUUUAUAGUGCUUAUUUAGCCAUUUUUUUCGCUCAUGCAUGAAGUAGCUCACGAAGUUUCCUUGGUAUUGCAACGCA